AUGUGUGGAUGCUUCUCUCCAUGUUAUAGACAAAUAUGUGGACAAAAGGGUAGAUCAGAUGAUCGAUUCAGGGAGUUUGAGGUCUUUUUAAAAACUUCUCUUUCCAAAGGGCAAAAUGGUAAUUUCGAGAUUCCCAUUACACAUAUUGACAAGUCAAAAUUAAACAUGAAUGAAAUUUUGAGUACCCCUGGUGAGAAAGAGCUUCUUCAAGAUGCAAUUGAUAAAGUCAAAUUAAAUACCAGAAGACUUGUUCGACGUCAGAAAAGAAGGCUUAUUCGACUUCAGACAUUGUUUGGGUGGAACAUACAUUAUGUUGAUGCAACAGAAUGUCUUUCAUGUUUUACAGAAGAGUCAUGGACUACAAAUGUGGUUGAGCCUUCAAUCCAGAUAAUAAAAUCUUGUUUUGAAAAAGAUACAAAUUUGGUCCCUGAUUUUGAUGCAACAAAUGGUGUUAAAGGAUUAAAAUUGAAAGAAAGAGACUUAUGGACACAACACAUAUGCAAGGCAUGUGGGAAUAAGGUGCUUAGAGGGGGAUAUGAGUGGGAACAACAUAAACAAGGUCGGAAUCAUCGGAAAAGAGUAUGCCGGCUUAGGAAAUCCGGAAUCACUGCCUUGGAUGAGUAACGGAAUCGGUGAUUCCGGGGUUUUUUUUUUUUUGGAAAUGUGAAACUAUGGUUAUGUUUAAAGACUUUAAGUGAAGUCAACUAGUUAACACAUGGUUCUAUGUGAACUAUGCAAGUAUUAAAAUAUAUCUAUAAAGUUAUAAUUAUUGUAAUUAUAUAACUAUUUUUAACAUAGUUGUUAUCUAUUUUAACUUUUUUUUUUUUAAAUGAUGCCAUUUGUGAAA